AAGAUGUCUGUGAAAAUGACAGCAGCUCUGCUCCUACUACAGCUGAGUGGCUUCUUUGGAUCUGGGAGUGGUGGGAAGGUGCUGGUGUGGCCAAUGGAAUACAGCCAUUGGCUCAACUUAAAGGUAAUGCUAGAAGAACUUGUGAAGAAGAGCCAUGAAGUGACUGUUCUGAGACCUUCAUCUUCCCUUUCUUAUGAGGUUGACAACACAUCUACUAUUGAGUUUGAAACAUACCCUUCAUCAUAUUCCACGGCUGAUGUAGAGGAACUUUUCAUGGAGUCAAUCAGGAAACAAAUUUAUGAGAUGCCAAAGAAAUCAUUUUGGAGAUACUUUUUAAUGUUGCAAGGAGUGGUUUGGAAGUAUUCAGAUUAUUUUGAAAGUCUCUGCAAAGAUGUAGUUUUUAACAAGGAACUCAUGACAAAACUACACAAUUCAAGUUUUGAUGUUAUUGUAGCAGAUCCUUUCAUACCCUGCAGUGACCUGCUGGCUGAGAUUCUCAAAAUACCACUUGUGUACAGUCUCCGCUUCUUUCCUGGGUCCACAUAUGAAAAGUACAGUGGAGGACUCCCACUGCCUCCUUCCUAUGUGCCUCCUGCUAUGUCAGAAUUGAGUGAUCAAAUGACAUUCAUGGAGAGGGUGCAAAAUGUAAUCUAUGUGCUUUAUUUUGACUUUUGGUUUCAAACAUUUAAUGAGAAGAGAUGGAAUCAGCUUUACAGUGAAGUAUUAGGAAGACCCACAACACUCACUGAGAUGAUGGGGAAGGCAGAUAUAUGGCUCAUUCGAACCUACUGGGAUUUGGAAUUUCCUCACCCUCUCUUACCAAAUUUUGAUUAUGUUGGCGGACUCCACUGCAGACCUGCCAAGUCUCUGCCUAAGGAAAUAGAAGACUUUGUCCAGUCUUCUGGAGAACAAGGUAUUGUGGUGUUUUCCCUGGGAUCCAUGGUGGGUACCCUAACAGAAGAAAGGGCCAAUGUGAUUGCAGCAGGCCUUGCCCAGAUUCCACAGAAGGUUCUUUGGCGAUUUGAAGGCAAGAAACCAAACACCUUGGGCUCUAAUACUCGGCUAUACAAAUGGAUCCCCCAGAAUGACCUUCUUGGUCAUCCUAAAACCAGAGCUUUUAUAACUCAUGGUGGCACCAAUGGCAUCUAUGAGGCGAUCUACCAUAGGAUCCCUGUGGUCGGCAUUCCUUUGUUUGGAGACCAGUUUGAUAAUGUUGUUCACAUGAAGACCAAAGGAGCAGGUGUUAGACUGGACUUUCUCACAAUGUCCAGUGCAGAUUUGGUCAAUGCUCUGAAGACAGUCACUGAUGAUUCUUCCUAUAAGGAGAAUGCCAUGCGGCUAUCAAGAAUCCACCAUGAUCAGCCAGUGAAGCCCCUGGACAGAGCCGUCUUCUGGAUUGAGUAUGUCAUGCGCAACAAAGGAGCCAAGCACCUUCGUGUGGCAGCACAUGACCUCACCUUGUUCCAGUACCACUCUCUGGAUGUGCUUGGAUUCCUGCUGGCCUGUGUGAUGACUGUGAUGCUCAUCAUCAUGAAGUGUUGCCUCUUUUGUUGCCAGAAGUUUGCUAAAUCUGGAAAGAAGAAGAAAAGGGAGUAGCUGAAGUGGGGAGGACAGACAC